UGAAUUUUCUUUUUUAUUUUCUCCUCUUUGGGAACCACGUGGACAACGAAAUUGGUCACAGGCGCUUCCUCCACCGGCAGUUCUUGGACUUCACCGGCAGGGGUCUCUACUUCCCUAUCAGAAACUCUACCACUCUCUUCCACAUCAAGCGUCUUCUCCCUCACUGAUCAAGGCACCACAGACGUAAAGUCCACUGACCAAACAGUGCUAGUCCCAGAGGUCACCGUCCCCACUCGUGAUUCUUCUGCCGUUGAUCAUUUCCCGGAGAGAACCACUCCUGUCCCAGCACUGCAGUACAUCACCACUGGCUCUAUGACCAUUGCCACCGAGGGCCGAGAGCUGGUAGUCUUCUUCAGUCUGCGUGUUGCUAACAUGCCCUUCUCCGACCACCUGUUCAACAAGAGCUCUCUGGAGUACCAAGCUCUGGAGCAACGAUUCACACAGCUGCUGGUUCCAUAUCUAAGAUCCAAUCUCACGGGGUUUAAGCAACUUGAAAUACUUAACUUCAGAAACGGUAGUGUGAUCGUGAACAGCAAGAUGAGGUUUGCUGAGUCCAUCCCAUACAACCUCGCCGAGGCUGUGCAUGGCGUCUUGGAGGAUCUUUGUUCCAUUGCAUCCCAACAGCUAGAUCUGGAAAUAGACAGCUUCUCUCUGAACAUCAAACCAGAUGACCCAGAAGAUCCCUGCAGAUCCCUGGCUUGUGGUGAAUUUGCCCAGUGUGUGAAGAAUGAGCAGACUGGGGCUCAGGGAAAAGGAGCUCCAUGCAGGUCAACAGAUCACUCUAAAAACCAAGUACAUGAAACACAUGGUAAAAAUUUCCAACAUCUGCAAAAUAAGAUAACCAAGAAAAGAAAUUCUGAAUUACUGGCUGCAGGAUUUGAAGAAUUUAACCAUCAAGAUUGGGAAAGAAAUUAACCACUGGAAAUGUACAAAUUACCACUUAAGCUAUCUCAAGACAGAUGAUUUGCUUUCCCAAGGAAAACCAUAGCUAGUCUGUCAAAAUUGUGGAAACAGGCAGGCAUAUUCAACAGUCACCAGAAUCUGGACAGAUAGUCAACCCAGAAUCAGCACAUACCAGCUUUUGAGUAUGCAAGUCAUUUACCUGACAACUAGUAAGCCCUGAAGAAAAAGACACUUUUUAUCAAAAUCCAGAAUAUAAUCAGUGAAACAUAUUUCAAUUAUUGUUGGAUGAUAAUUAAGGUGAUAGUAAGCCAAGUUUUCUUCUAGAUGCCUUUAAAAUAUCAUUCAAAAAUCAUGUGCAACAAAUGCAAUUCACUGUUUUGGGAGUUGAGCAAUAUAUCAGGAAGCAAGGUCUUAAUAGAAUAUAUAUAUAUACAAACCCAUAAUCCCAGAACUCUGGGAGGGCAAGACAGGAGGAUUGUUGUUCAAGCCUAGUCUGAGCUACUUAGGGAGACCCAGUCUCAAAAUUAAAAAUUUUAAAACCUGGGGCUAUAGCUUAGGGUGAAGGCUCUGGGUUCAAUCCACAGUAUCAACACAAAAAAAUAAAGUCAGUAGAUAGAUACAUAGAUGAUAUAUAGAUGAUCACUUAUGCAAGGAGACACAGGUCUCUGAAUGCACGAGUGUGUGGUAGUACAGAAGCACAAUGAUGAGUGUAUACAUGCUCCACACUACAAUGUCUGAUACACACAUGUACACACAGCCCCGUCAGUCAUUUUUAGGUACAAGGGCUUUGUAUAAGUACUGCUUACAGAUUAUUUUAUUGACAAUAAUUUCUGAAUUGUUCUUUUAAAAAGGAACUGAAGUUCAAAUAUACACAACACUGUUUUAAAGGACCACUUUUGGCAAGUAGUGGAGAGAUGGUUUUACUCUAUGACAUGAUUAAUUCCUGUCUUCACCAGAUGAACAAUGUCCUCCUAAAAUAACUUCAGUGAAUACUUCCUCACACUAAUUUUGCUGUGCACAUACCUAGAUUGGCUUCAACAUAUCUUCAUCCCAUUUUUACUGUGCUAGUCAAUGAACAAUUAAGGCCUCCACAGCUCUUUCAAACAUCUCAUUAUCAAAUAUAUUUGCUGCAAAAUCUUUUCAUAAAUUUCUAAUAAAAUGAAUCUGUGCUUUAAUAGUU